GGCUCGCAAUGCAUUGUGGGCACAGAAAUCUCCGUCCGCCAUCGCUGUCUUUGGAGCCGGUGAAGGAGAGGCGCAAACAUGAGAGGAAUCCGCUCUUUUAACAGCAUCUCCAAACGGUGUUAUGCUGCUAGAAGAAGUGGUUCCUUGACUGAACCUCUUGCUUUGAGAAUAAAAUCUGCAGCAGCUCCUCUCACCCCACAAAAUGUCCAGGUCUCCAAACUUCCAAAUGGACUUGUUAUCGCUUCCCUGGAGAACUAUUCACCAAUGUCCAGUGUUGGUUUGUUUGUUAAAGCUGGAAGUCGGCAUGAGACUGUGGAAAGCCCUGGAGUAGCCCAUGUAUUACGACUAGCGGCAAAUCUGAGUACAAAAGGUUCAUCUGCUUUCAAGAUUUGUCGUGGUGUGGAAGCAUUGGGUGGUAGUCUAAGUGUUACAUCGACACGAGAAACCACGGUGUAUACUGCACAGUGCUUGAGAGAUGACAUCCCUUCACUUCUGGAGUAUUUCAGCCAUGUGACCACAGCACAAGAGUUCAGACCCUGGGAACUGGACGAUCUGACGGCAAGAGUUAAGAUUGAUAAAGCUUUAUGUAAUGUUGAUCCACAUGUAGGUGUCAUGGAGAAAUUGCAUGAAGCUGCUUACAAAAAUGCCUUGUCCCAUUCACUGUACUGCCCUGACUUUAUGGUUGGACGUGUGUCUUCUAAAGAGAUGCAUGCAUUUGUUCAAGCUAAUUUCACAACUGGCAGAAUGGCUCUCGUUGGACUAGGUGUCAAUCACUCAGUUCUUAGGCAGUUGGGGGAGGGGCUCCUCAGUUCCCGCAGUGGGCCUGGAGCUCCCGUGGCUCGUGCUGUGUACCGUGGAGGUGAAGCCCGGAUACACAGCCGUGACGACCUGGUGCACGUGUUGGUGGCCAGUGAAAGUGCUGCGCUUGGGGCUGCGCAGGCGAAUGCAUUCAGUGUCCUGCAGCAUGUACUUGGGGCUGGCCCACAUGUGAAGAGGGGCUCAAAUAUCACCAGCAAACUGACCCAGGGCAUUGCCAAAGCCACCUCACAGCCAUUUGAUGCAUCUGCUAUGACUGCUUCCUACUCUGAUUCUGGCCUUUUUGGAGUGUAUACCAUCUCACAAGCGGCUGCUGCAGGAGAGGUGAUCAGAGCAGCCAUUUCUCAAGUAAGAGAUGUGGCUGAGGGCAAUGUAGCUGAUGCUGAUAUCAGCAGAGCAAAGAACCAGGUCAAGGUGGAAUAUUUGAUGUCCCUUGAGGACUGUGAGGGUCUCCUGCAGGAGAUCGGAGCUCAGGCCCUGAUGACUGGGACCUAUCAGGCUCCUGACGCUGUUCUGAAGGCAGUUGAAGCUGUCACACCAGAGGAUGUGAUCAAGGCUGCAAAAUCCUUCGUGGAUGGCAAGAAAACUAUGGUUGCCAGUGGACUCCUUGUCAAUACACCAUUUGUGGAUGAAUUAUGAGAGAAAUCUGUCAUUUUGACAUCAAGCCUGUCUACUUGUUUAAAUUUUAAGGACCUCAACUAAAAGGAACAACAAAUCAUUCACUGUCAAAAAUGUAUUGUGUCCAGCAGUAAUCCCUAUUGUGAUGCUGGAGUAAUGCAAUUUAACUUUGACAUUUUUUGUUUUCACUGUAUCUAUGUAAAUUAAAGUACAAUUAUAACAUCUACUGAAAA